CUCUUGAUUAGCUAAUAUGCAAAUACCCCUAGGACCGGAUGGUAAACCAUGUAAACCCUGCGUUUCAUUCAAGGAUUGGACCAAGUUGCAGAAGAAAAAUGAAAUAAAGAAAGAACCAAGUAGUUUAGAAAGGAUUGCGAAAGUGACAUUGGCUGAUAAAUUCGGUUGUCCAGUAGACGCAGACGAAUUGGGAAGACAUACUUGGACUUUCUUACAUACUUCAGCUGCUUAUUACCCUCCUGCUGCAUCUGAAAGUCAACAAAAUCAAAUGCGUAAUCUCAUAAAUUCAGUUGGUACUUUCUACCCAUGUGGUGAUUGCGCAGGACAUCUCAGGAAAUACGUUAAACAAUAUCCACCUCAAGUACACUCACGAUCUGCUUUAGAAUUGUGGUUAUGCCAAAUGCAUAACGAGGUAAACGUUCGUCUAGGAAAGGACGAGUUUGAUUGUAACAAAGUCGGUCAGCGCUGGAGGGAUGGCUGGAACGAUAAGUCAUGUGACUAAAUUCCUUCGAUAGAAUAAACAGUUGUAAAUCUAUAAAUCAUAACUUAUUUUGCUGUAUUACAUUACUUAUUUUAGUUAACAGGCUCCUCUGUC